AUGCUACAAUCCAUAAACAUACUUAACCAAGCAACGGCAGUUGCACAAAUUUUCCGUGCACCGCCAUGGCCUAUCGAGUCGGUGAAUUUUCAUCGUUACGGAUAUACAGUUCGGCUCAAUCCUGAAUUGCAAGUAAACCGAGUCGCUAAUUCAUUGGUUGGACCAAAUGUGCCGCAACAAAUGUCGUCAAAUCCGGUAUUAUAUCCUGCAGUGCCUCCCUAUGUCGUUCCGCUUUCUAAUUCGUCUCCACCAUUAACAGCUGUGCGUGGUCUCGAUAACCAGAAAGACAUAACCUUGCUACAGUUUCCGUCAUCCGAUGAUGCAUUUGUAGUUAGAGCAUUCACCGAGCAUUUGAUUGAAACUGGAAGAAUUGAUGAUUAUGCGAUCGACAAACGUGGCUCACGCUUUUUGCAAAAAGUUUUUGUUGGUGGAGAUGUGCUCAUUCGGCAGAAACUUACGGACUAUUUUCUGAAAAUGGACAUCUUCAUCAAAUUGUGUAAUGAUAUCUUUGCCAAUUUCUUCCUCCAGAAAUUGAUCGAAGAGGCGCGAAGUAAUGAGCAGGCAACUAUUUGUUCACUUCUUGAAACAAACAUGGUAACAUUCAGUCACGGUCGCUAUUCAUGUCGAGUAGUGCAGAAAGCUUUCGAGUGUUUCGAUGUCGCGAAUUGUUUGUCACUGGUAGGCAAACUGGAUGGAGCUGAGAAGGAUCUAUCGUUGGACCAAAACGGGAACCAUGUUAUUCAGAAGAUUUUUUCAUGCGUUCCUUUUUAUGGAUACAGUGGUAUUGUUAAUAAGUAUGUCGCAUCAAUGGAUAUUUUAAAUGAAGUUAUGAAGGACAAAUAUGGUUGCCGAGUUAUUCAGUUAUCAAUUGAAAAGUUAGAAGAGGAAGUUGUAAAAAAUUCCAAACCUGCCACUUCGCUUCUUGAGCAGCUUGUUUCUAUGAUUCUAAAGGACUGUUGGUCUUAUUCAGCUCAUCAGUAUGCAAAUUAUGUCAUUCAACAUAUCAUAAUAUCGAAUACACUGGAAAAGUAUCGCAGUACGAUAAUAUGUGAACUUCUAAGCAAUUUGUUAUCAAUGUCGCAGGAAAAGUAUGCUUCACACGUUGUUGAAAAAGCGUUAAAGCAUGCUCCGCCCAAGCUCCUUCAUGCAAUGAUGGACGAAAUUUUUGAUGGCUAUGAAUGUGACACAAAAGGACAUGAUGCUCUGGAUGUUCUGCUUUUUGAUCAAUUUGGCAAUUAUGUUAUACAAACAAUGCUGGAUAUAGCUGUUGAAGCAAAGGAAAAAAAACGCGUGGGUAACGACUCGUGGUUUAAGAGACUAGCGGAACGAAUUAUUAAAAGUCAGCACAAACUUAUAAGAUAUUCGUCGGGAAAAAAGAUUCUGGAGAAGUUGAGCGCGGUAGUAUCGAACGACAAAGACAUAAUUCAAGAUGAAAAGUUUGAUCCCGCUCUCAGGUCUUUGAUUGUUCCAAAGAAAUUUCGGUAA